AUGAAAAAACAACAAAUACAACAACAAAAGCAGUUAACAGCUUACGAGAAAAAAGUAAUUCAUGCUAUCUUUCGAGAUAUGAUGGAAGUUUUGGAAAAAUACAUUGAAAAAUCCGGUUAUUAUGCUGAUUGGCCAUCUAGAAAACAAAUCCAUGAUAAUAAUGUGGAAAGGCAAUUUAUUAGCCCCGAAGAAGCGGAAAAUGUAUUCUCAGUCAAUUUAUUUGGAUUUAGAAUUGAUGUGAAUAAUUGUCCGGAAAGAUUAAAGCACAUUUUAUUUAAAACUCAUGAAGUUUUAGAAGGGGGAGGUGAUAAAUUUGCCGAGAGAACGGCCAAGGAAGCUCACGAGCAUGUGGAGAAAAUGAGCGGAAAAGAAUUUAGCAGAAAAAUAAAUGAAGCAUUUGCUUCUUUUCAAACUCCUUUGCAAAAAGAAAGAAAGGAUGCCGAUUCUCUGGAAGGAAAAAGUUAUAAAGAUAUAGAAAUUGUUAGCAAAUUUAAUGGUAAUGUAGAACAAGGGCAAGAAGCAUUUGGUAGGAUUGCCGGAACCGUUUCUGGUCAGGAUGAGUUUCAUUUCUAUUCACCUUACCUGGAUGAAAUUAUUACUGAAUUUAGUAAUUUUGGCGGAACAAGGCAAGAAACUGUACUUAUCCACCAAUCAGCCCGCUUGGAUGAUUACGACCAGCGAACAGGCAAGUUAAAUUUAGUGAGCAAUCCAAUUUAUCAAGCAAGUCGGUUUAGUCCUACGGAAAUAGCCCAAAUUAACCAGCAGGCAGAACUAGCCAGUUUCUCGCCUGUUGCUACUGGCUUAAAAACUAAUUAUGACUGA